GGGGCGGCUGUGUAUGCUCCAAUACAGGUAAUCUCUGUUGUAAACACUGCUCGAACGUAUCCUUUUGCUUAGGACCUACCUUCGGGCAUCUUCCACAGCUUGCAUUUGCUGCUGUCUCCUUUUCUCCCUCAUCGCGUACCUUUUACUAAUGAUGUUCUGACGCACGGUAAGAGAACAUGUGCCUAUUCUUUUGAUGUGUAUAUAUGUACGUACUACGUAUGUCAACUGACCCAACUCUAAGACUAUAAGGUUGCAUCUAUUUUUAACCGAAAGCAGUACAGCGAUCCUACCUGCAGUCAAGAUUGAGGGAGACAACAGAACAUGCGCACCUAAGAUUAACAUCAUUAUGAAUACUAUUUGUUUACCAUGGCGUGUAGCGAGAGAAACUAAAACUCGAAAAAAAAAGAAGUCUCUUUUUCUCUUCCCACAUGACGUCAUCUAGGCUUACUUAUCAAUAUGUGUUCCACACUGCCUGCUAGAUAGUUUGUGUAGUUCUGGUUCCUCAAUCUGUAAAGCGGCGUCGUCAAGGCAACUCUACCUUCCGCGCCGUACUCUUUUCUUGUGCUUCCCCCCUCCGACCAGAUAAAGAGAUCGUGCGGCAGGCAAUGAAGCCGGGAUUCACGCUCCACCUGUCGACAUGUUAGGAGUUGCUCUGGAGAUGGCUGAAGUGACAGAGCAGAGCGACGUCUUUCUUUCGAUGGUUCAAGACAUCGCAACCGAACUCGACCUUCACCUGUUGUGUCACAAAAUCCUGGUAAAUGUCGGGCGGUUAACGGCAGCCGACCGUGGAUCUCUUUUCCUCGUCGAAUCGGUCAACGAGGAUACAUUCUGUGAUGAAGAUGUCGGAACGCCGUACCUGGUUCCAAAACUUUUUGAUGUUACUGUCGACUCGGAUUUCGAUGAUACUUUGCUGAAAGCGGGCCUUGAAGCACAACCUAUUCCGCUAGGAAGCGGAAUAGCCGGUCACGUGGCCCUUACCAAAACAGGACUCAGGAUUGUCGACGCCUACCGGGAUGAGCGUUUCCUGCCUGAAAUAGAUAAGAGAACCGGCUAUGUCACACACAGCAUCCUCUGUCUUCCCAUCCUCAACCGUCAGGGUGGUGUUGUCGGUGUAGCUCAAAUGGUUAAUAAGAAGGGAGCCAUCAGCGGCUUCACAUCAUCCGACGAGGAGAUAUUUCGGCGGUAUCUCUGUUUCGCCGGAAUUGGAAUCCAAAAUGCCCGGCUCUUUUUGCGCGUUCAGAAUGAAAAGCAGCGGAAUCAGGUGCUGCUCGGUCUUGCAGAAUCCAUAUUCCAGGAACAGACGUCGCUGAAAAAGUUGGUCCAACUCAUGAUGUCAAAUGCGCGAAACUAUCUGCAUUGCCGUCGUAUCGUCAUUUACGUCUUUUCACCGUCUGAAGCUAGCCACGGUGAAGAAAUGGACAUUACCACUGGAUUCGAGUACGUCAAUGACGAAGGACUCAGUCGAAGCAGUAACCAGAAUUGCGAAAUCAAUUUACUUUCCAGCGUCCAACUUCAAGAAUCGCCCUUCACUCACCUUGCUCGUUUUGUUGCCCAAAAGCGCCAAGUGAUACGUAUUAAUGAAAUCAGUGAUUAUAGCGACUGUUGCCCAGAAUUAGCUAGAUUACUGAGAGGCGUCGCAGCCCCCAUCAAUCAAUUCCUGUCGCUUCCCAUUUACAAUGCGCGAUCCGCCGUUGUUGGUGUGGUCCAGUUACUCAACAAAGUGGAUGGCAAGGCGUUUACGUCAUCGGACAAAUUGGCAGUCGAAUCGUUCGCCCUGUUCUGCGGGAUGGCGAUCCACAAUACGCAGACGUACGAAGAGGUGUCAAAACUUUCAGCCAAGCAGAAAGUGGCCAUCGAGUGUCUGUCGUACCACUCACGCGCUAAUGAAGAAGAUGUUGAACAGUUGGAGAAUGAUGUCAUUCCUUCAACAGAAUACUAUAAUUUAACCAAAUACGAUUUUAUCGAUUUUGAGUUAUCGGACUUGGAUACAUGCAAAGUCGUUUUGCGGAUGUUUAUCCAUUGCGACCUCAUCAACAUAUUCCGUAUACCGUACAAGGUUCUUUGUCGCUGGAUUCUUAGCGUCAAGAAAAAUUAUCGACCAGUAAAAUAUCACAAUUGGCGUCAUGCAUUGAACGUGGCUCAGACAAUGUUUGCCCUCUUAAAAACUGGCAAAAUGGAACAAUUCAUGACCGAUCUCGAUAUUUUGAGUUUAUUGGUUGCCUGUUUGUGUCACGACCUGGACCAUCGUGGAACCAACAACGCCUUCCAGUCAAAAGUGAUGUCCCCUUUGGCUGUUUUAUACUCGACUUCAACCAUGGAACAUCACCAUUUGGAUCAAUGCACUAUGAUCCUUAGCGACGAUUCCAAUAAUAUCCUACAAUCGCUUUCACCAGAGCAAUAUAGGCAAUCCGUUCACAUGAUUGAGCAUGCUAUCCUUUCAACCGAUUUGGCUGUUUACUUUCGAAAGAAGAAUAGAUUUAUCACCAUGGUAGAAAACGGAGAAUUCAAUUGGCAAGAUCCUGACCAGAAAUCAAUGCUUUGCGGAAUGAUGAUGACUGGAUGCGAUGUCGGUGCCAUUGCCAAGCCGUGGUCCAUUCAACAUCGAAUUGCCAAACUAGUCGCGGAAGAGUUUUUCGAGCAGGGCGAUAUGGAGAAACUGCAACUCAAUGAAACACCUAUUGCCAUGUUCGAUAGAGACGAGAAAGAUAAUCUACCGAAAAUGCAGAUUGGAUUUAUCGACUCGAUAUGUCUGCCUCUCUACAGGGCACUUUCGGAAUCGUUCCCUUGGGUCAAACCAGUUUACGAGACAUGCUUGAGCAACCGAGAGCAAUGGAAGAAACUGUCUGAUCUCGUCGAUAUGGGUUUGACGUGGAUCGAUCACCCGUUCAUCGAGAAACCCGUAGAACACAUUGUCGGAAGCAAAGAGAAAGAGAAGAUCCCGUUGAUUGUGACGGAUUUGAGUGCUUCAAACCAAUUGGUGGGAAAAAGUGGCAACCGUUACGACAUGGACCAUUUAAAAUUGGAGCAGCCCAAAUCAAUACUAAAGUCGCCCAGCAAGAUCAUAACGAAAUCGAUACUCAAAUUACCGAAGAACGUCCCUGCCUCGGGAUCAGCUCCUGUUAGCCCUCACCAAGAACCCUCUAAACAUUUGACUCGGAUGCGUUCAAUGAGCCUCAAUAGCCCCACUGAGUUGGUCGAUAUCAAACCCCUGAGACCUAGUCGCGAUUAUACUAGUAAAUUGUGUAGCAUUUCUUGAUUCCAUCAACCCGUAAAAACUAAAAAGCUCUGAUAGACACAUCGCUGAGCGGGUGGUACGUAUGUAAUAAUAAAAUUCUGGAUUAACAUUACAAAAAAAGUUUAGU